UCCAAAAGUCACUCGCCGCGACAGAGCAUUGCGUUAUUGGACAUGGACUACGGCUACGAAGCAAAUUUGACAACGGACGACAAUGGGGAAAUUAGUUAUUCGGCGACGAAUGCCCAAAUUGCCCAAGAGGUAAUUCUAACUAUCGCAUUUAUGAUCGGUGUGGCCGCCGAUAUCUGUAUUUUCUUCACGAUCUUCUGCUACAAACGAGUGCGAACCAUUCCGAAUAUAUUUUUGGCGAAUUGGGCGAUAGCCGACAUGCUUUGCUUAAUGGUAGCGCCCAGCUCCUACAGGGUGUUAUCGUUUAUAACUCACAACUCGUUGGAUCACAACUUCGCCUGCGUCAUAUCCGAUAUUGGAUCAACCCUACACUUCACCACAAAUGUUUUCGUUAUUGUGACGCUAGCUGACUGGUUUAUCGGCGCUUACUUUGGACGUGCAUCGGAACGGUUCCACGCAUACUACGUGCACGUGAUAGGAACCAUUUGGACAAUUUCCAUUGUUGUUAUUGGUGUCUCCACAUCGAUCUGCUUUCACUAUUUUUCCUUGCUUAUCCACCACGUUCUCAUAACGUCUAUAACGUACGCUUUAGUUUUAAUACUAGUAAUAAUAUUCCAGUUGUCUAGGCUCAUUCAAAAAUUGAGAAAAUCACCAUUUACGUCGUCUCCACUGAUUCUAAACUUGGCAACCGCAUACAUUUUCUGCACGAUAUUCAGCAUCCUUAUGCUAUUCGUUCAUUUGCUUGCCAGAAUCGAAUCAGUGGAAGUACUUUUUUUCAUUCUCUUAUUUUGUAGCAGUGUAGUAAAUUUAGCUUUGAUUUGCACCUUUAAUAAUGAUUUUAGAUCGUGCUUAAUGCAAGCCGUACGGUGCACUGGUAACCAGGAUGAUGGUACGUUCGAUUUUAAUAAUCCUAUUAGAAAUAAUCAAAAUGGUAGUAAUAUUUCGCGUCGUAGGUUAAGCGAAGAGUUGUUAACUGAUAUUAGUUAAGUUUCGUAUUGUAAAAAACUAAAUAAUUAAGAAUCUAGUUAUGUAGAAGAUGGAAUUAAAGGUUCUUUGAUGCCG